AUGAAGAGGAAAGCUGACUUCAUGUCUGUGUAUCUGCCGAAAGUCCAGGACAGUUGUGUAGACGUUUGUUGUGGAAUUUUCAUCAUGGGUGACGUUUACACAGAGUUAUCCCACGACACACAGCGACCCUUACACAUCUACAGGGGCCUGGCAUGUAAUGCACUGAUGGCUGACUCAUGGUCAGACAGAUCCCCUCUCCAUGAUGCAGCCUACCAGGGCAGACUACUCCACCUCAGGACCCUCAUCAAUCAGGGUUUCCAUGUAGACAUCCUCACCCUGGAUAGCGUCUCCCCUCUCCAUGAGGCCUGCCUGGGGGGUCACUAUGCUUGUGCCAAGUUCCUGCUGGAGAAAGGAGCAAAUGUGGACAUGAUGUCAACAGAUGGCGCCACACCUCUGUUUAACUCCUGCAGCAGUGGGAGUGUGGCUUGUGUGGAGUUGGUCUUGCAGUACAGUUCCUCCAUCCACACCACAUGCCAGCUUGCAUCAGCCAUUCAUGAGGCUUCAAAGAAAGAUCACAAAGACUGUCUACAGUUGCUUCUGUUAAAUGGGGCUCAUAUUGACAUGGAGUUGCCUCUUUUGGGAACGCCCCUGUAUUCUGCCUGCACGGCCCAGGCUGCAUCCUGUGUAGAGCUGCUGCUGCAUUCAGGAGCAGAUGUUGGCCUAGGAUGUGAGCAGGACACUCCUCUACACGCUGCUGUUCGAGGUGGAGGAUCCGCCAUAGUGGACCUUCUGCUGGACUUUGGGGCUGAUGGGAGUUGUAGAAAUGCAGAGGGAAAGACUCCUCUAGACCUUGCAUUGCCAAACAGUGUGGUGAGAACCACACUCCAGAAAAAAGGUCCUUGUUCACUGUCUCAGCUGUGUCGCCUCUGUAUUCGUCGGAGUCUGGGGAGGAAUCGUCUCCACAGAGCUUCCAGCCUCUUCCUCCCUCACAGUAUCACAGCCUUCAUUUUGUACCAGUGAGACGUCUG